AUGGAUCCGGGCACGUACCGCUUUGACAGCUACGAGAACGGCAAGCCAAAAUGGGCGCCUGGCAAAGACGACAAGAGAGACUACCGCGACUACCGCGACAGCCGAAGAGGCGAUCACCGCCGCUCUCGCAAGGAGAGGCCUGUCGACGAUGCGCCGCCGCCGCCAUAUCCCAACAACCCUCCACCGCCCCCGCAUGGCGCCUAUCCUCCACCGCCUCCACCAGGCCACGAAGGUUAUCCUCCGCCGCCUCCCCCUCCGCCGCCAGGAAUGGAGGGCAUGCCACCUCCACCACCCGAAUCUAUGCCACCACCACCCAGAGAAGAACGCGACCCUCGUGGAGCCCGACCACGUCGCCAUCGCAGGCAACCGUCCUACUCGUCCGACUCUGACUCUGAAUCCCCACCACCCCAACCUCGACGCAAGCAUCGCGAGGAACGCCGCGACGACCGCCCCCGCCGACCCAGGCACGAGGAUACCUACGACUCAUACGACGAGCACUAUCCUCCUCGCAGGCCCAAAGACGAUGGGCGCCGUGACCGCGACGGCUACAAGUCCGAAGGCUACAAGUCCGACCGCCGCCGCAAAGACAAGGACCCCUACUACGAUGACCGCGAACGCCGUGACAGGCCCCGUGACGAUCGCAGACGCCGCGACGACGGCUACGAUAACAAAUACGACGACAUGUUCAACAGCAAGCCGCGCCGCGACUCUCGCUAUGACGAUGGAGGUCGCGAUAGGCGCAGUCGAUACGACGACGAUGAUCGCUACGACGACCGCCGCAGGAGUGGUAGAGGCGGAGGCGGCAAGCCGGGAAAGCCUGGACAGCCGGAGUGGCAGAGGCAGGCUAUGGGCAUGUUCAAGGACUAUGCCCUACCUAUCAUCAAGAAAGAGGGCGCCAAAUAUGUGCAGAAGCAGAUGGCCGGUGGCUUUGGAAGGCGCUGA